ACGGUGGGUGCGGCUGCUGUUUGGCCGAGAGUUCCCGCUGCAGGACCUCCUGGUGGUCUGGGACGCCCUGUUUGCCGAUGGCCUCACCCUGACUUUGGUUGACUACGUCUUCGUGGCCAUGUUGCUCUACAUCCGAGAUGCUUUGAUCUCCAGUAACUACCAGACCUGUCUUGGCCUUCUGAUGCAUUACCCACUCAUCGGGGACGUUCACUCACUGAUCCUUAAGGCUCUGUUCCUUCGUGACCCGAAGAGAAAUCCAAGACCAGUGACUUAUCAAUUCCAUCCAAAUUUAGAUUAUUACAAAGCCCGAGGAGCAGAUCUCAUGAAUAAAAGCCGUGUCAUUGUAAGGACUAGGAGGCAGCUCUCUCAUCAUCACCUUGGCAGAUUCAAAGCCUGGAGCUGAAAGUGAGCAACUGAAGUGUAUGUAGUGUGUGAAGACAUCACAGACAAGUGAAUGAGGGAGAAGUUCAUACAUGGUGUUGGGAAACUCGACAAGUCUUUUGAAAAGAUAUCAACUUAUAACUUUAACACACAGCAAAACAAAUUCUGAGUUAAUCAGAGUUCACUCAAACAAGCAAACAUAGAAAUAAAACCUAAGAAUCUGUCUGACCUCUAGUUACUUGACUUUUUAUCCUUAAAAGUCAUGGAAGAAGUCACAAAGGGAAGGACUGGUAGAUUUUAUUGCACAAUUGUUUCUGAAUAGAUAGGUCAGAAAUGUUUUAAAAAAUGAAUCAAAAGCAAACAAAAUUGGGAAAAUAUCUGUGAAAGAAAUGACUGACAAGCUUUUUCAUUUAUGUGUGGAAACUUGCAUGGUUCAGUAAGAAAUACAAGAUCCUGCCUCAGGGGCCAUCCCACCUCCUGC